AUGACCACUUCCAGCCCAUCUGGUGUACGCUCAAGGGCAUGCGACCGAUGCCGUCGGAGAAAAGCAAAGUGUGACUGCUCAAGUCAAUCCUCACUCUGUAGCAGCUGCCAACUCGCUCGCUUAGUUUGCACCUUUGAUCUCCCAAUCGCGAGGCGCGGGCCCAAGACUAAGCGGCAGAAAUCGCUUGCUGCGGUCUAUCCAAAUGUUCUUCAAAGCCCCCCGGAUUCAUCCUUGCAGGUCUCGGAACAUGGUCCCACAUCACAGCACCCAUUCACCUCGGUUUCAGAUGUCAUCUCGCUAGAUGCGUGGGAUUCAACUCUGUCGGUCCUUGAUCCGGCCUUGUCUCCUGCAACUGUACAUACAGUUCGCUCGGCUACCUCCAAUCCGGCUUCCAGCGGGGGAACCUCGGCUUUGCAAAGGUGGCAUGACCUGGAACGAGAUCUUGUACGACAGGAUUCCUCUGCAAGUCUGGAGUUGACUGUUAAUCGAUGCUUUGAAUUAUUUUUCGAGUUUUUGUAUCCAUUGACUCCUCUUGUUCAUGAGCCCAGCCUACGAGAUGGGCUGGGUUUCUUUGUGAACCAAGGGAGAAUUUCACGCUCUGACGGUCUAACGUAUGGCUUUGACACCCUCAAAUAUCCAGACAUCUGGCCGGAAUUCACUUUCACCUUAAUCACAGCAGUUUGUGCAGAAGCGGCUUUUCUUCUUCCAAAGGAUAUCUUUCCAGAGGGCGAGGGUUUGGCGGAUCUUUUUCUGCGAGCCUCCAGAAACUGCUUAACCACUUAUCUGGAAGCCGAUCUCGAAUAUCCAAAUGCUAAUUCAGUUGCCAUCCGGUAUUUUCAUUCAAAUUGCAUGCACGCAGCCGGCAAGCCGAGACUAUCAUGGCAUAUAUUUGGGGAAGCGACCCGAUUGGCGCAAGUCAUGCAGAUGCACGAAGAGGAAUCUUUACAAGGUCUCACCGUUCUCGAAGCAGAGUUUCGCCGACGUGCAUUCUGGAUUGCAUAUAUUGGCGAUAAGUCUGCGGCCAUAUUGAACAAUCGCCCCAUCACUAUCCACAAAUAUUCGUUCGACUCUGGCAUCACAAUCGGCUAUCCCACAGGCAUAGAAGACGGCGCGUUGUUAACGCCAGGCAGUGUGGUUUCAGACGAGGAGGACACUCGCAGAAGCUUUAUUGCGGGAUUCAACGCCAACAUAAGACUUUGGCAAAGUGCUUCGGAUUUGAUCCUGGAGAUGCGACUACUGGUCGCCAGUCAAAAAAGUGGGAACCUUCUUCCUCGUCAGCCACUCACGCCUGAAGAGAUCCAUCGACUUGAUCAUCUCUACGUGCUUUUUGCAACAUCUUUAGAUGACCUCCCUCGAUUUUUGCAAUAUGACCAGCUGUUGGCAGAGUCCGAUACAGAUAAUCAACAGCUGUCUAGGCUAACUAGACUGCGAGUCAUACAAGCAACGAACGUUUUUGUCUCGUUACACUGUCUCAAGAUGGUCAUCACACAGAAGUUUGAAGACAUUGGCUACUACCCCACGCAGGUAAAAAACGAAAUGUUACUUCUCAAAAAAACGGACAUUGCACGCGACCUCCUGCGAGUAAUCCGCGAGGCACCAUUUUGGGCUUUGCAGGUUAAUGGCGAGCCAUGCGUGAGUCACCUUACCCAAUUAUACCUAGUGUCACCAAGCAGCUCUUUGACAAUUUUACAGGUUGAGAAGAUCCGACUUAUUGGCGCUUGUCUCCUUGAAAUCAUUGAUCAACAUGAGACUUCACCUCUAUCAACUCGAGCGCGCAACGAUCUUUCGGUCCUCCUUGACAUAUUGACACGCCUCGAUUCAAAAGCAUCAGAUACUUUGCGACGACUUCUGUGA